CAUCUCAGUAAGCUGUUGUGGUCGUUCUGAAGUAGGUGGACAACUGUUUCCAUUUGUUUGGAAUUCCUCAACUCGUCUGCGUCUCCAGUUUACGGGGCCGGCGAUGAGCUGUGCCAACAUGUCGUUGGAGUUUGGAGAAGCUGCGCCGUUUUUGCGCAAAACGGACCUGGAGUUGCUGGCGGCGCAAACCAUCGCUUUUGACGGCAAGAAGCGAGCUUGGGUCCCAGAUGAAAAAGAGGCUUACAUCGACGUUGAGAUCAAGGAGCUCACUGGUGACAAAGUCAUUGUUGAGACCAAAGAUAGGAAGACUCUGACAGUGAAGGACUGCGACAUCCAGCAGAUGAAUCCUCCUAAGUAUGACAUGAUCGAAGACAUGGCCAUGCUGACACACCUCAACGAGGCCUCGGUGCUUUUCAACCUGCGUAGACGCUACGCUGCCUGGAUGAUCUAUACCUACUCCGGGCUCUUCUGUGUGACUGUGAAUCCAUAUAAAUGGCUGCCUGUCUACACGGCUCCUGUGGUCGCUGCCUACAGAGGCAAACGCCGCUCUGAUGCGCCACCACACAUCUACUCCAUCGCGGACAACGCCUACAAUGACAUGCUGCGCAAUCGGGAGAACCAGUCCAUGCUCAUUACCGGAGAAUCCGGUGCUGGCAAAACUGUCAACACGAAACGUGUCAUUCAGUAUUUUGCCAUUGUGGCAGCUCUUGGGGAAACAUCUGCCAAAAAAGGACAAGGUCCUGCCACUAAAACAGGGGGGACUCUGGAGGAUCAGAUCAUCGAGGCGAACCCCGCCAUGGAGGCGUUUGGUAAUGCCAAAACGCUAAGGAAUGACAACUCAUCCCGAUUUGGCAAAUUCAUCAGAAUCCACUUCGGGCCGACUGGCAAGCUGGCCUCAGCUGACAUUGAUAUAUAUCUCCUGGAAAAAUCCAGAGUAAUAUUUCAACAGCCCGGUGAGAGGAGCUACCAUAUCUACUACCAGAUCAUGUCACAGAAGAAACCUGAACUCCUGGACAUGCUGCUGGUGUCCUCCAACCCGUACGACUACCACUUCUGCUCCCAGGGUGUGACGACCGUGGAGAACCUGGAUGACGCCCAGGAGCUGAUGGCGACUGAUCAUGCCAUGGACAUCCUGGGCUUUCUCCCCGAUGAGAAGUAUGGCUGCUAUAAAAUAGUUGGAGCCAUCAUGCACUUUGGCAACAUGAAGUUCAAGCAAAAGCAGCGCGAGGAGCAGGCGGAGGCCGACGGCACUGAAAGUGCAGAUAAGGCCUCAUACCUGAUGGGAGUCAGCUCAGCUGAUCUUAUAAAGGGCCUCCUCCACCCAAGGGUGAAGGUUGGGAACGAGUAUGUGGUGAAGGGGCAGAAUGUCGAGCAGGUUACCUAUGCAGUUGGUGCUCUAGCCAAAGCUACAUAUGACCGCAUGUUCAAAUGGCUCGUGGGACGCAUCAACCGGACCCUGUACACCUCCGUGCCUCGCCAGUACUUCAUUGGAGUCCUGGACAUUGCCGGGUUUGAGAUCUUCGAUCUCAACAGCUUUGAGCAGCUGUGCAUCAACUUCACAAACGAGAAACUGCAACAGUUUUUCAACCACCACAUGUUCAUCCUGGAGCAGGAGGAGUACAAGAGAGAGGGCAUUGAAUGGACCUUCAUUGACUUUGGGCUGGACCUCCAAGCUUGCAUUGAUCUCAUUGAAAAGCCGCUGGGCAUCAUGUCCAUCCUCGAAGAGGAAUGCAUGUUCCCCAAAGCCACGGACCAGAGCUUCAAAGCCAAGAUGUACGACAAUCACCUUGGCAAGUCACCUAAUUUCCAAAAACCUCGACCAGACAAGAAGCGCAAGUACGAGGCUCACUUUGAGUUGGUGCACUACGCUGGGGUGGUACCAUACAAUAUUUAUGGCUGGCUAGACAAAAACAAGGAUCCCCUGAACGAGACGGUGGUGGCGUGUUUCCAAAAGUCCUCCAACAAGCUGCUAGCUUGUCUGUAUGAGAACUACGUUGGGUCAGACUCAGCGUCAGACCCGAAGACGGGUGCCAAGGAGAAGAGGAAGAAGGCGGCCUCUUUCCAGACUGUGUCUCAGCUACACAAGGAAAAUCUGAACAAGCUGAUGACCAACCUCCGCAGCACACAGCCCCACUUCGUUCGUUGCAUCAUCCCUAAUGAGACCAAAACUCCAGGGAUCAUGGACGCAUUUCUGGUGCUGCACCAGCUGCGCUGCAACGGCGUGCUGGAAGGCAUCAGGAUCUGCAGGAAGGGCUUUCCAAACCGCAUCAUCUACGCCGAGUUCAGACAACGCUACCGCAUCCUGAAUCCUCAAGCCAUCCCGGACGAUACGUUUGUGGACAGUAGGAAAGCUGCAGAGAAGCUGCUGGCCUCACUGGAUAUAGACCACAGCCAGUACAGAUUUGGACACACAAAGGUGUUCUUUAAAGCCGGUCUGCUCGGUCACCUGGAGGAGGUGAGGGACGAGCGCUUGGCCAAAGUAAUGACGCUGUUCCAGGCGGCCGCUCGUGGAAAGGUCAUGAGGAUGGAGCUGCUGAAGAUGAUUGAAAGGAGGGACGCUCUGAUGAUCAUCCAGUGGAACAUCCGGGCCUUCAACAUCGUGAAGAACUGGCCCUGGAUGAGGCUAUUUUUCAAAAUAAAGCCUCUCCUGAAGAGUGCUGCUACAGAGAAAGAGCUGGCCUCUCUGAAGGAGGAGCUGGCCAAGCUAAAGGAGGCUCUGGAGAAAUCUGAGGUGAAGCGGAAAGAGCUGGAGGAGAAGCAGGUCAGCCUGGUCCAAGAGAAGAAUGACCUCUCUCUACAGCUGCAGGCUGAGCAGGACAACCUGGCCGAUGCCGAGGACCGCUGUGACCUGCUCAUCAAAACUAAGAUCCAGCUGGAGGCCAAAGUCAAGGAAAUCAUGGAGAGGCUGGAGGAUGAGGAGGAGAUGAGCGCUAAUGUGCUCGCUAAGAAGCGCAAGCUGGAGGAUGAGUGCACCGAGCUGAAGAAAGACAUAGACGACCUGGAGAUCACCCUGGCCAAAGUGGAAAAGGAGAAACAUGCCACUGAGAACAAGGUGAAAAACCUGAUUGAGGAAAUGGCAGCUCUGGAUGAAACCAUCCUCAAGCUAACCAAGGAGAAGAAGGCUCUUCAGGAGAAUCACCAGCAGACUCUGGAUGACCUACAAGCAGAGGAAGACAAAGUCAACUCUCUGACCAAAGCCAAGGCCAAGCUGGAGCAACAAGUUGAUGACCUGGAAGGCUCUUUAGAACAAGAGAAAAAGCUGCGUAUGGACCUGGAGCGGGCCAAGCGCAAGCUGGAGGGAGAUCUGAAACUCUCCCUCGAGUCCGUUAUGGAUCUUGAGAACGACAAGCAACAACUUGAAGAGAAGCUGAAAAAGAAAGACUUUGAAAUGAAUGAGAUGAGCAACAGAGUUGAAGAUGAGCAAGCCUUGGUUAUUCAGCUUCAGAAGAAGAUCAAAGAGCUACAGGCUCGUACGGAGGAGUUGGAGGAGGAGCUGGAGGCCGACAGGGCUUGCAGGGCUAAAGCGGAGAAACAGCGCAGUGAUGUGGCUCGAGAGCUGGAGGAGCUGAGCGAGCGCCUGGAGGAGGCCGGCGGGGCCACCUCAGCGCAGAUUGAAAUGAACAAAAAGAGAGAGGCAGAUUUUCUGAAACUGCGGCGAGACCUGGAGGAAGCCAUGCUGCACCAUGAGGCCACGACGGCAGCUUUACGGAAGAAGCACGCCGACAGCGUUGUAGAGCUCAGCGAACAGAUCGACAGCCUGCAGCGAGUCAAACAGAAGCUGGAGAAGGAGAGGAGCGAAGCCAAGAUGGAGGCCGACGAUCUGGCCUCCACUGUGGAGCAGCUCUCCAAAGGAAAGGCCACUUCAGAGAAGAUGUGUCGUCUCUAUGAAGAUCAAAUGAAUGAGGCCAAAGCCAAGGUGGAGGAGCUCCAGAGGCAGCUCAAUGAAACCAACACACACAAGGCCCGGGCCCAGGCUGAGAGUGCCGAACUGGGAAGGAAGCUCGAAGAGCGGGAAGCCAUGGUCUCCCAGCUCCAGCGCUCUAAGAGUUCCUUCAGCCAGAACGUGGAGGAGGUCAAGAAGCAGCUAGAGGAGGAGAGUAAGGCCAAGAAUGCGCUUGCCCAUGCGCUGCAGUCAUCUCGACACGACUGCGAUCUACUGAGAGAGCAGUACGAUGAAGAGCAAGAGGCCAAGGCCGAGCUGCAGAGAGCUCUGUCCAAAGCCAACGCUGAGGUGGCUCAGUGGAGGACUAAGUAUGAGACUGACGCCAUCCAGAGGACGGAGGAGUUGGAGGAAGCCAAGAAAAAGCUCGUGACACGUUUGCAUGAGGCUGAAGAGACGGUGGAAGCUGCCAACGCCAAGUGCUCCUCUCUGGAGAAGACGAAACAUCGUCUCCAGACAGAGAUCGAGGACCUGGUCAUUGAUUUGGAGCGUGCCAACGCUGCAGCUGCUGCCCUAGACAAAAAGCAACGCAACUUUGACAAGGUGCUAGCUGAGUGGAGGCAGAAGUACGAAGAGUGUCAGUCAGAGCUGGAGACGUCUCAAAAAGAAUCUCGCAGCCUGAGCACAGAGCUCUUCAAACUGAAGAACUCCUAUGAGGAGGUCCUGGACAAUCUGGAGACCAUCAAGAGGGAGAACAAGAACCUCCAAGAGGAGAUUGUUGACCUCUCAGAUCAAAUCAGUGAGAGAGCAAAGACCAUCCACGAGCUGGAAAAGAUGAAGAAGGGCCUGGAUAUAGAAAAAAGCGAGAUUCAAGCUGCACUAGAGGAAGCAGAAGCCACUCUGGAGCACGAAGAGAGCAAAACCCUCCGGAUCCAGCUGGAGUUCAACCAGAUCAAGGCUGAUGUUGACAGGAAGUUGACAGAGAAGGAUGAGGAAAUUGACAACCUUCGUCGAAACCACCAGAGAACACUGGAGUCAAUGCAGGCCACCUUGGAUGCUGAGGCCAAGUCUCGCAACGAGGCAGUGCGCCUGAAGAAGAAGAUGGAGGGUGACCUGAAUGAGAUGGAGGUGCAGCUGAGCCAUGCUAACAGGCAGGCCUCAGAGUCCCAGAAGCUCCUCAGAAACCUUCAGGUCCAGAUCAAGGACAUUCAGCUAGAGAUGGACGAGGCUAUACACCAGAACGAGGACCUGAAGGAGCAGGUGGCGGUGACAGAGCGUCGAAACAACCUGCUCGCUGCUGAGGUGGAGGAGCUCAGGGGCCAGCUGGAGCAGAACGACCGUGCACGCAAGCUGGCUGAGCAUGAGCUGCUGGAGGCCACAGAAAGAGUCAACCUGUUGCACUCUCAUAACACUGGCCUGAUCAACCAGAAGAAGAAGCUGGAGAGUGAUCUGACCACGCUGUCGAAUGAGGUGGAUGAUGCUGUCCAGGAGUGCCGCAACGCAGAAGAUAAAGCCAAGAAGGCUAUCACUGAUGCCGCCAUGAUGGCAGAGGAGCUGAAGAAGGAGCAGGAUACGAGUGCCCACCUGGAGAGAAUGAAGAAGAACAUGGAGCAGACCACGAAGGACCUGCAGAUGCGUCUGGAUGAGGCUGAGCAGAUCGCCCUCAAAGGCGGCAAGAAACAAGUCCAGAAGCUGGAGGCCAGAGUCAAAGAACUCGAGAGUGAACUGGAGUCGGAGCAAAAGAAGAGCCAGGAGUAUCAGAAGGUGGUCCGCAAAUAUGAGAGGAGAAUCAAAGAGCUCUGCUACCAGGCAGAGGAAGAUAAGAAGAAUCUGAUUCGCCUGCAAGACCUAAUUGACAAGCUUCAGGCCAAAGUGAAGAGUUACAAGAGACAGGCUGAAGAAGCGGAGGACCAGGCGAACACCAACAUGUCCAAGUUCAGGAAGCUUCAGCACGAGCUUGACGAUGCAGAGGAGAGGGCCGACAUGGCCGAAUCGCAGGUCAACAAGCUACGAGUCCGCACCCGCGACCAAGGCGGCAAGCUUGCUGAGUGACGUGGAGAAGAAGAAAGCCGCAGACGAACCAGUCACAAUCGUCCCAGCUGCAACAGCCGCAGGCGACCGUGGCGACACACUCAAAUAAAGACCUUUUAACUUUUAAAUGUGUUUUCCAGUGUGGACAGUGUCAUAAAAACAUCCAAUCCCACAGAGAUGGUCUAAAGAAUUUAUUAUAUCAUUAAUUUGACAAACAGCUGUUAAAUAAGAAAAAUGAAGUUCAUUACCAGCAUUAGAGGUGAAGCAUGAGGGUGAAAGUUGGUUACAGAAGUGGUUAUAGUAAAAAUGAAACAGGACUAUUUUUUUUUUCUGUUCGUUAGUCAAACAGAGUUAGACAGAGAUUAAGACUGAGGUGUAAAGAAGAAAAUAUGCGGGCUGUUUUCUAAAAUCUUAUGAAGAUUCAACACCACUGUCAGCAUCGUGCCGCCAAUCUUACUGAGGUGAGAUACAAUCACAAAUUUAAUCAGAAAAAGCACCACAUGGUCGUUGACUGGCUUCAGAGUGUCUAAUAAGGUUCUCAUCAUGCUAAACAUUACAUAAAUCUACAGCUGAAAUCAAAAUAUCAGGAGUCGAAAACAAAACUCAGUGUGUGUUAUAUUAUGCAGCAUGUUCUUGGCCGAGAGGAUAACGUCUCACCGUUUUCUAUACAAACUAAUGAAUGAAGUCUAAGGCCUACUAGGGGCGUCACACCACAUACAGCGUUAACUGGUGACAACCAGUUCUCUUGUGCACCACACGGAGGGAAUCACUCUCUCUGAAAAUCACAAAGCUACAGGAGUCAGGGUUCAGAGAUUGUUUGUACAGUUGCUCCAAGGAGCUCACGACAUUCAUGCUUCCAUACUGGUAGCCUCUCGGACUUACGCUGCGGACAGGACUGAUAAUAAACAAUCAGCACAAAUGAACACCAUUGCAGAACUGUCGGGUUAAAAAAAAAAAGAAAAAAAAAACAUACCAAGAAACCAUUGCAGACUUUCUCGGGCAUCCGACAAAGAAACUUAGAAUCGUAUGAGAAGCACUUUUUAAAUGUAGAGUUAAAUGUAAAGCACAAGAGAUGGACAAAUUCAAAGUAUUAUGCACACACCCAUUUAGAGAGAAUUAAGACAUGCUGAAUGAAAGCUAACGUUUCUAGUUAAGUAGAAGCAAAUAAAAGGCUUUGAAAGUGUGAAGGACAUGUUUGCAUCCUAAAGUGGCAUAGCACAAGUGACUCAUGGGGUCCAUUGUAGAAAUGCCCUUAUACAUUCACAUGAACGUGUACAAUGACUCAUGACAUGCUGGGAGUAAAUCUGCACACUAGUCAUUAUAAGUGGUUUGAUCUGUACUGUGCCAGCAUAAAAUAUGAGGUAGCUGCUUUAUUUGUACUUAUCUCACGUCCGGCCGGUUUAAGACACCAAAUUAUCUGCGGGCUGCCGACACAAGUUUAACACAGUCGCCGCGCUUACCACUUCCUCUCGAUACGAACUUAAGUUGUGCCAUGCAAAAAGAGCCGUCAAACAGAAAGAUUGUCACUCAGCUCGUAGUCAAAGGUUUUGAGUAAUGCGAGAUAAGAUGCAGAGGAGGAGGUCGACUUCGAAUCCGAUGCUGACGACAUUAGGCGUAAACCUAAUUUACAUGAAAGGGGUGAAACCAAAAGUUGUGUCUUAACACUAAUGCCUGCAUAGUUAAUUCAUUCUCUUCCCCAAAGCUUCUCUCACAACAUGGACACAAAUUCAAUUACACAAUAAAGUUGUUUUUAAUGAACACGUGUUAAAAUAUAAUAAACAAAAACAAUCCAUCUGUGCAAUGUUUUAUUCUACAGUUUAUCCAGAGCUAAAAGCCGUUGUUUUAAACAAGACGAAAAAGAAAUCAACAAAAUAACCCGAAA